AUGGCGGAAGGCGAGGGUAAUAACGAUAUUGUGGAAAGUUCUCAUGAUUUAACCAUUACUGACGACCAAAACGCUUCUGGGGAGACCGAAGGAGCUUCAGAAACAGGAGAAAAAGAACUACCGUAUAAUUAUGGAUUUUCCUUACCGGAAUACUACAAACUUUGCCUACAGUAUUAUCACAAAGGUAUGCCAGUUGCGCAGUUCAUCUCUGCAUAUCUGUAAAUUCUUAUACAUUUUGUAUUUGUUUAGGUUGCUCUGAUUUUCUUACAACCCAUUCUGCUUUUUUUCGCGAUAAUUACCUUGAUGAAGUAGUUUAUUUACACAAUUGCUAGUUUUUGUUCCAUUAAAGUGCCAUUUAUCUAAAUUCUUUUAAGUUUGCGGAAGCUAGCUUGUACAUCUUUUAAUUUGAAAUUACUUUAUUCGUGUCCCUUCACUUACCAGACAAAGGUAAUCAACCUUGGAGGGCUGCAUAGAUUUUUUUUUCAUUUAAUUUGCUUCUUGUAAUUUGAAAUCAUCUAAAUUUGGCGAAAUUUUUUCAGGAUUUUGUUGUCUCUGAGAGAGCUCUGGGAAAAUUCCUUAGAGCCUUUAAGGACUUGGAGUAUUGUAUUUUGUCACUGUUUUGCAUAUCAGAGGGAGAUCUUUUUGUGAUUGUUCUCCCCAGCAUUCAUCACAGCUGGUUUCGUCAUUUCCCACAAAUAGAACACAAAUAGAUUCCAUGUUGCAGUUUGUCUGUUUAGUAAUUGAUCACACAUGACAUCGAAAUGUGGUAAGAACAAAAAAGGGGCACAUAAGUUACCGGUGAAUGUGUCACUGAUGUUCUUACCAGGUUUUUACAUCUUUUGUGAUCUAUAGUCAGACCUGUAUUAAGCAGCACUAUAUUAAGUGGUCACCCUAUUUCAAGCAGUUGGUUUUCAAAGUCCUGAAAUUGUUACCCCUUCUUACUGUAAUUUUCACCUCUACUUAACAGUGUCAGUUACUCUUUAAUGAGUCCCAAAGGCCUGUUUGUAUUGUCCUCCACCCGCAUUGAAGGAUCACUUCAAGCCAAACCAUUCUAAUUAAACUGAGAAUUAUCUUUCAAGUUAAAUUAAAUGUAUUUUUAUCUUCCAAAAUCAAUCUUAGUGGUAUUUUCAAAGGAACUUUUGUACAUUUAAUGGUCAAUAAUGGCGUUAUGCAAUGUUUUUUAUUUUCUUUCAUAAUUUACCCCUAUUCUGUGGAACCUGCAUAAGCUGUUAACCUGUAUUAAGGGAUCACCCUGCCAUUCUCCAUGGGUGACCGCUCAAUACAAGUUCAACUGUAUUACUGUACAAACUCAUGGCAACAUAGAAUUAAUUUGAUAUAUAUGAUAAAAAGAAAAAUGUUGUUAACCCUUUAAACCCUGAGAGUGACCAGCAUCUAAUUUCUCCUUACAGUAAUAUGGCUGAAUCAUUCAUUAAGAUCACAAAAAUAAAGGAAAUGAUUACCACCUAAGGAAGCUUUGAUUGUUCCACAAAUUCUCCUUGUCAGUACUAAAGGGAAUGUGUAGAGAAGAGUAGGGAGAAUGUGGAUACUGAUGUUAGGGUGUAAAGGGUUAAUGGGAACAGCAUUUAUUUGUCUGUCCUCCAACAGAUCAUGAGUUAGAGCCAAUCAAAUUGUUUGUAUGACUGUGUCACUGUGAAUCUAAGACUAAAUUGAGUGUUCAAGAUUAGUUUAGUGCAACUUGUAUGUUCAUUUCCAUUGGUGCAUUUGAUUUAUUUCUCACUCUGCAGAAAAGCAAAUAAUAAAGCUUACUUAUGAUGACAAAGUUCAGCUGACUGCAUACUGGAAACAAGUUUCAAGUGGAGCUUUUGACCCUGAAAAGUACCCAGAUGUAGGAUAUUUUGAUGUUAUUGGCAAUGACAGGAGGUAAAGAUGUUAAUUGAAUAGCCAAAUAAAUAACUGAAUUAAUGAAUAGAUAAAGGAUAAAUGAAGAAAUAAAAUUUGGCUAUUAUAGUGAAGCAUUGAAGUUUACAUCAGUCUCUUAUUUCCAUGUAAUUAUCCCUUUUAACCCUUUAACUCCCAGAAGUGAUCAACAGGAAACUUCUCCCUAUAAUAUCCUUACAUUAUCCAGCAAACAGCUAAUGAGAAUAUUCAAACUUAUCAGGUAGAAGCUGUUGUCUUCAUCUAACACCAAGUUCUCAUAACCAAUUUACAAGGAUGUGUGUAGCAGGUGGAGGGGAGAAUUACCAAUUAGAUCUUAAGAAUUAAAGGGUUAAGCCACCAUUUGUUUUUGAAUCAAUAAUAUACCCUCUUCAGAGGCAGAUUCAAGAAUUUAAGAUAUGGAAUGUCUAAACUUUGAUUCGGUAGACAAUUUGUUUUUUGGUACUAGCACCUCCUCCUUGGUCGAUAACUGCUGAGGCCGAUAAGUUUGUUUAUUCUUAUCACAUUCUGUAGAAUGAUACAUAUCAGGAUAUUUCAGUUGUGGGAAUUGAGGUGUUAAUGGAAUUUACUGUCUUUCUUCUAUGUCUUCUGUUUAUGGCUUCAAUUUAAACCCUUGUCACUGGUUUUGAUGCUAAAUUAGCACAACUAAUUUUUCUUACGUUCAUUGUUUUCUCUUUAUCAGGAGAGCAUGGGAGAGCCUUGGUAACAUGGAGCCUAGAGAAGCCAUGAAGAAGUUCUGUACAUUACUAGGGACAUGUUCACCUGAGUUAGCUCCUUGGAUGGAAGCACAACAAAAAGAAAAAGAAGAAAAAGAAAGAAUGAGAAAGGAAGAAGAGGAAAGACUUCGAAGGGAAGCAGAGGAAGCUGCUGAGAGAGAGAGGCAGAGACUGUUGGAAGAGGAAAUGAGGAGAAAAGCUGAAGAAGAAGAGGAGGAAAGGUACACAGGGUUUAAUGUUGAAGAAAUGUAAAAUGGUUUCUGUGUUUACAUAGCCUGAUGUAAAGACGCGGGAGGUUGGGGGAACACGAGAUAAGCGUAGGAAACCGCAAAGCGGAGUAAUUUCCAGCUUAUUGAGUGUUCUCCCAACCUCCCAAGUGUUUACAUCAGGCUAUGUAAACACGGAAACCAUUUUACAUUUCUUUUAUAAAAUAACUAAUGAAAGAGGAAUAAAAACUGUGUUUACAUACGCUCAUGUAAAAUGGUUUUAUGGCCAAUCAGAGCGCACGUACUAUUUGAAUUAUUUUAUAAUUCUAUUUGGUGUGUGAAUUUUACAUACCUCUUGUUAACUGAGUGCAAGGUCCACUCAGAAUGUGUAGGUCAAAAAUCUCCGCUGAAAAAAGGUGGUUCUGUAACUUACAGUAUGAACUGAGAGAAAUACAUGUAGGUUAGUAAGAUAUUUAUCAUAUCUCUGGGUUCAAAUAGAGGGGAAAGAUUUCAGUUUAAACAACAUUUUUAAUGUAGCAGGCAUACAGUGAAAUAUGGCCUGCUAAAUUAACCAAUCAUAGAACACUUACUAGCUGAGAGUUAUAAUACAUGUAAAUUUCAUUAGUUUAAUUGCUGUGGUGAUUUUUGGAAGAUGGGCAUGCUCUUAUUGGUUGAGGAUUACAUCAUAUCUUGCUAUAAUCACCUUACAUGAGGUGAUUAUAGCAAGUUGCUAUCAUGGCAAACUGUGUUUAAAAAUGAGAUGAUUAUUUUCCUGAAAUGUUGUUACCCUUUCUAAUUUGAACUACAUGUAGGCCAGCUGCCAGUCUUCUUGAGCUUGGUUGGUAGAGCUUCCUAGUGUGAAAUUGGAACUGGCUUAGGUUUGAAUCAUUUUUAGAGGAUUAUUUGGACUAUGUUCCACACUUGUGGUGGUGUUAUUCUCUCUUCUCUUGAUAAGAGUGCUCUUUAUUGGAAAAUCUGACCAACAAAACUUAUCCCAGGGCAAAACUUUACAUCCAGUAUAGUUGAUACUAGCAUUAUAAUGCAGUGAAGUAGUUGCGUUAGUAUGGAGUACAUGAAUUGUGUCAGUAUUGGUGCAUUUCAAGUUGAUAUGCAAGAAGUAUCUAGUAUGUGUCCAAUAUACAGACAUACCUACUGGGUAAAAGUUAAUUUACUUCCAUCACAUUCAGGAGAAAACAAGAAAUUAUUCUGAGGCAGCAGCAAGAGGAACAACUCUUACAACAACAGCAACAACAAAUGUUGAAUAAGCAGCAGCAAUAUCAACAACAACAGACACCAGAUCAACAGGUAGAUCAGCUGAGUUGCAGUUUUAACCUUUAACACCCAAACAUCAGUAUGCAAAUUUUCUGUACUGUAAAUUGCAAUGGACUUACAUCUCAGAGAGGGAGAGUAGAUGUACUCCAAUUCACAUCAUGCUCAACAAAUUGGGAUGGGAUUUUGCCAGUUCUUUUUUGUGCUCUGAUGACAACACUGGUAACUUGACUAUUCCGUUGCAUCUGAAGUGUAAACUAGACAGAAAGAUACAGGUCAAAAUGUUAUUAGCCCGAUUAUUAGUAAACAUUUUUAUUUUAAUGUGAAUCAUGAUAUAUGCUCUUUGUUGUAAAGCCCAAGGCAAUGGCAGUGAAUGGCACCCCAAGGAUAGCACCCCCUUCAUUAUGGACGCGUCCAAAAGUCCAAGAGUUUAUUCAACAUCUCAAGUCUGAUCCUACUUCUGUGUUAGUUGUUGGACGUGGGGAGACGAUGACAGUUCGUGUACCUACACAUGAAGGGGGUAAGUGCAGGACAACUGUCCUACAUCAGCCUAAUUUCAAUGUGUUGAAAUUGAGUAUCAAACAAGAGACGUCAAAAUGAGGCUCUAAGGAAUGAGCCACACAAACUCUUACUUUUUUACACAAACUCUAUGGUUCUUUUCCCAGAGCCUUGACCUGACCUCUGUUGUUUAAAGUUGAAUUUUAAGAUACAAAAUUUGGCUAUUUACUAGUAUUGGCAAGUUACAACGAGUUUAAGUGAAACUCGAUCGACUCAUGUCAAAAAUUUUGAUCUGGGUUCAAAGAUAGUCUGUCAGCUGAGCUAAGUACUUCAGUACUUUGAAGUACAAAGUACAAAGUACGAGGAGAUGUAAAUAAGUGGCCCUGCAUCUUGCAGUUUUAUCCAGUUUUACUACGUCGAAAACUCCACUAUUUUAACACUUAUCGGCUCUAAAAUACUGUUUGUUAUCCUUCAUUCUUAGGAACAUGUGUAUUUUGGGAAUUUGCCACUGAAUUCUACGAUUUAGGCUUUGGAGUCAGCUUUGAAUGGUCGCAACCGCAAACCAAGAACAUCACCGUCGCGGUGAACGAAUCUGACGACGAGGAAUUCGGAGAAGAGGAUAAAUCGGCUGAAAACGAGUCCAGUCCCCCCAAACCAAGAGUAGACGAAGUACUGCCUGUCGAACGGAGGCCUUGUAACGAGGAAGUGAUUAUUGGAAGUCACUUAUAUCCAGGCCGCGGCGUGUAUCUUCUCAAGUUUGAUAAUUCAUAUUCACUGUUCAGGUCAAAGACUUUGUAUUAUCGAGUUUACUACACUCGGUAAUGCAGGGAUGGAGACAGACACUUUCGCGAGAGACGCUGAACGGAGCUCACAACGGUAACUAAUUUCACAAAGCGGGAACAUUUUGAAGAGUGUCUCAAAUUAUAACCUUUAUAAUAUAUCACGUUACGCUUAAAUUAGGUUCGAAUUAAUUCAACCUUCCGUCACGUUUUUGUGAUGAGUGUCGGUCGAUGUGUGUUAUGAAACAGAAAAUUGUAUAGUUAUUUAUACAGUGUUUCAUGUUUUGGGAAUGAAGUCCAUUAGGAAUAGCAGGCAAUGGAGACGACAAACUCUCGUAGAGCUUUUGCAAGUUUUUGAUGAAACAAUAGGGGUCGAAAACUCUUCUGUUUUUUUUCAAUUAUUUUGAAAAUUAUUGUCUUGUUUCCCUACUAAAAACCUACAACAAGGAGAGAAAGUUUUGAUUUUAAAAAUCUGAUUAGCACACGAGGUGAUUAUUUUGGAUUAAAAGUAUAGAAAUAUGUAACCUGGUAUCAGGGCGAAAGAAGAAACAUGAACCUAUGAUUAAGGUUAAAACAGCGCCAUUUUUUUGUUUGCUUGUUUGUCUGUUUUUGUCGUUGUGUUUUUUUUUUUUUUUUAAACAACUCGUAAUCCUUUAAAAUAACAGAUUAAGAGAAGAGCUUUCUCGAAAAGAAGAGAAAAUCUCGGUUUUUUUAUUCUUAGAAUAUAAGGUGGGCCUCUCUCUCAUGACGAGGCUUCGCAUUGAAGGAGUCGCAAUAUUCACGACGCACCAAUGAUGAUGUGGCUUCUCUGCAGGUUGCUUGAUAAAAUAAUCUUAUUGAAAGGAAAAAAGGAUUGGAAAAUAUAAGUUGAAUAAAAAAGGAGGAAAGAGAGGGAGAGAGAUAUACGAAGGUAACUUCAGUCAGGUUUCGUGUCGUUAGGGGUCUGGUACAGAAAUUGCCUCAACUUUCCCGCAAUUGAUAUUAGGUUUGGUGUGAUAACUUGUUUAUUGACGACUGUUCAACUGAAUCCUUAAUCAUAAAUAAAAAUAAGCUUC